AUGUCUGGACCAGGACAAUUGGACAUUCCAGAAAUGGCAGAGGUUGAAGACGACACGGUCGACAUUCGAAUUGAUAAAUCAAGAGUUGCACUCUUAUUUUCUAAAAGCAAAGUUUGCAUUCAUCCUACCACAAAAAUCAAAGAUAAUAUAUCUGGAUAUUUGUCUCUCUCGAAAACAAAAACAAAUCAUGGAACUCCAUUGACCGGUAAUGAUAUCCUGCUUUCCUGGGUCCCAGAUUUUUUUUUAAAAUCACAUCCAAGAGAUUUGAACGUGUUUCAAACAGCUGAAGCGUCUGCCGAAAGCGACUUAAGACAAUUGGUGGAAAUUCCUGAACAUUUGGAUUAUUCGUUUUCAGUUCGUUUAAACAGUAUUUAUUCUAUACUAUUUCGUCCUCCUAAAUAUGGUUGGAAUUAUGGAAGCGUUGUCAUCAAUUUACGAAACAGUGGUGAAAGUUUACCACCUUUAUUUUUCCAUGAUGAUGAGUGUUCCAGCACUAUUGAGUAUAGUCGGCGCAUCGCCAAAGAUCACUUUGAUCCCUUCGAUGAAGCUGGCGACAUCUUUUGGGGAGGUACACAUCUCAUUAUGCACUUGAAAAAAUACAUCAGCUUGGAACACUCGACACAUGAACCACAGCUGUAUCUUGUGAAUCCGACUCCCGAAGAUACGCUUGCGUUUCAAUCCCACGGCUUAACUCAUCUAAGCGCACCAUCGAAAGAAUGUUCUAAUGAUUCCUUUUUUUCUCCAAAAAAAUCGCAAUCCUUUUUAAAUCCCUUCCGUCGUGCUUUUCAAGAUUUAUCGUUUACUGUCCUAGAACGAUUUAGUCGAGUCACGAAUUAUGGAAAAACUGAAGUGGAUAAACUGAUGGAUCAUAAAGUAACGAAAUCAUUGCUUCCGCAUUUCCCACGAGAAGUCCAGGUUUUGUUUGAAUCCAAACGUCUUCAAAAGCUUACCGAGGAAUAUGAUCCUGCUCGUAUUUUUCUUGCCAAUUGGGCAGCUGGAGUUGUCGAAAAUUCCAAUACAAACAAUAUUAACGCUUCUUCUGAGGCUGGUUUGUGGUCUGAGCAACAGCAGGAAGAGGAUUCCUCUUUGGGCCCUUUUGAGCUAGUAUAUUUUGAUGAACGUGUAAAACGAGGUGAACCGCUCACUUUAGACCAAUGGAGGUCUUCAUUUAAUAGUGAGGGGAGAUUAAUAGUGAACAUCGAUUAUUUAUUGGGUAUUAUUUUUCAUGGAGGAAUUGUUCCUUCACUAAGGAAGGAACUAUGGCCUUUUCUACUUUCUAUUUACCCAUGGGAUUCUACUGAAAAUGAGCGAAAGGCUCUUUAUCUCAGUCUUCAAGAUGAAUAUAUUAGAUUGAAACGACGAUGGUACGACGAUAUACCCCGACAAUUUAAUGAUCGGUCAUUUAUAGAACAAAGGAACAGGAUUGAAAAAGAUGUUCACCGAACUGAUAGGCAGCAUAAGUAUUUUCAAGAAGAAGAUUUGCCUCAUCCUGAUCCUCAGUCAACCUUUUCAGGUACUAAUUUACAUAUGGAAAUGAUGAAAGACAUGCUCCUAACUUAUAAUGAAUAUGACACAGAAUUGGGCUAUGUACAAGGAAUGUCAGAUCUUUUGUCACCGAUUUAUGUUACUUUAAGCGAUAAUGCCUUGGCAUUUUGGGGAAUGGUAGGAAUGAUGAAGCGCCUUCAUCACAAUUUUCUGCGAGACCAAUCUGGAAUGAAACGGCAGCUGGAAACUUUACGACAGUUGAUUCAGUUGAUGGAUAAAGAAUUGUACAUCCACUUGGAAAAGACAGACUCAUCAAAUCUGUUUUGUUUUUUCCGUAUGUUGUUAAUUUACUACAAACGCGAAUUUGACUGGGAAAUACUUUUGAAGCUUUGGGACGUUCUUUUCACGAAUUAUCUUUCUUAUGAUUACCAUAUAUUCAUUGCUUAUGCUAUUGCUGAACGACAUCGUGAAGUUCUGUUGAAUCAAACGCACGCAUUUGAUGAAGUAUUGAAGUAUUUUAAUGAGCUUUCUGGAAAAAUUGCCUUGGAACCGACGCUGAUUUGUGCAGAACAUUCCUUCUACCAGUACAAGCAAACGGUUUCCCUGAUAGACCGUAAAAGACAAGAAGUGAAAGAAAACAAUGAAGAACCACCAAAGCCGCUUCCCGUCAUAACACCUUAUUUACGAGGCCUUUUAAGCAAAAAGCCUUCUAAUUAUGGAGGAACAAGCAAUUGA